AUGCCUAAAAGACUUUUUUUAAAGAUCGUACAUGAUCUUGAGUCGAGAUACGCGUAUUUUCAGGACUCGUAUGAUGCCCAGUUGGCCAAGAGUUUUACACCGAUACAAAAGUGCACAUCUGCCAUCCGGCAACUUGCAACCGGUAAUCCUCCUGAUGAGUACGACGAGUAUUUAGAGAUGGCCGGGAGAACAUCACGUGAAUGCCUUCAACUUUUUUGUGAUGCUAUCGUUGACACUUACAAGACCGAAUAUCUGUGUAAACCAACAACACAUGAUCUCCAACGUUUGUUUGAAGCACAUGAGGAAAGGCAUCACUUGCCUGGAAUGAUCGAUAGCCUAGAUUGUACACAUCUUGUUUGGAAGAUGUGUCCAAUGGAGUGGGGGGGUCAAUACAAAAAGGGUGAUCAUGAAUACCCCACUAUUAUGUUGGAAGCAACGGCGUCUCAGGAUUUAUGGUUAUGGCACGCCUUUUUUGGUCCUCCGGGUGCUCUAAACGACAUCAAUGUGCUGCAACAAUCUCCCUUUUUCCUUCCCGAGCGUAUGGGCACUGCUCCUUACGUUCCAUUCAGUGUAAAUGGGCGUACUUAA